AUGAAUGAAUUACGAGCUCACGGUAAUUGGAUCAUCAACGGCAACACGGUAGUUCGACGAUUCAUUUCAGAGUGUAUAACUUGUCGACGCCUUAGAGGAACAACAGCCGAACAGAAUAUGGCGGACCUACCACAGUCGAGACUCGAAGACGUGCUACCAUUCACCUAUAGCGCGGUCGAUUACUUCGGUCCGUGGUACGUUAUUAAGGAAGGCAGAAAAGAAGUUAAGCGAUACGGAGCGUUGUUUACGUGUAUGGCUGGUCGCGCCAUACAUAUCGACGUUACACACUCAAUGGAAACAGAUUCGUUCAUUCAAGCUCUACGCAGAUUCACUUGUCGAAGAGGUGCCAUCAGGGAACUUCGUAGCGAUCGAGGAACUAAUUUCAUAGGAGCCGAGAAUGAACUGAACAGAGCGGUUGAAGAGAUGGAUGAUGACAAGAUAAAGGCAGAAUUACUCAAGGACGGAAUCGAUUGGAUAAAAAAUCCGGCGAAAGCGAGUAACUUCGGAGGAGUAUGGGAGCGACAGAUUCGAUCUGUUCGCAACGUCAUGAACGCUCUUAUGAAGCAGCAUGGUCAGAGAUUAGACGAUGAGUCUUUACGUACAUUCAUCUGCGAAUCAGAAGAAAUCGUUAAUGGUCGGCCCUUAACUGUGGAAACGCUAAACGACCCUCUUUCACCUGUACCACUGACUCCGAGCGCAUUACUGACUGGCAAAACAAUGCUAGUACUACCACAACCGGGGAAGUUUCAGAACGAAGACGUGUAUUGUAGACGACGAUGGCGACGAGUAGAACACUUAUCUAAUCAAUUCUGGACUCGUUGGAAGAAGGAGUACUUACAGAACCUCCAAACGAGAUCGAAGUGGACGGGUUUACGGAUAAACUUCAGAGUAGGAGACGUGGUCCUGCUGAUUGAUGUGAACAAAGUGAAGAACCAGUGGCCUAUGGCGAGAGUAACCAACGUGAAGGAAGAUGACCAAGGUCUUCUUCGAUCAGCAACCGUACGAACGGCAAGCGGUUCGACUCUAGAUCGUCCAAUCAAUAAGUUGGUAGAAUUACUGGUAGAAUCCUCGGAAGAAGAGCCAGAGAAGACCGG